UUAUAGAGUUGGAGGAGGAAGGGAGGGGGGGCGGCAGCAGAGUUGGAGGAGGCCGCCAGCUGCACUUGUCGUUUGUUUCAUUCCAGCAAGAGAGGGAGAGGGCGAACUUUUUCAGAAGUACAGACAAUCUUGGCACACGGGAGAGGGGGAGCGGUAGAGAGAGAGUGCACAGUAGGCACAGUAAAAGAGAAAAAGGGGCAGAGCCAUAUGAAAAGAAAAGCGCGAGCAGGGAAAGGCACGGAGAGCUGUUUGCCUAAACCCCGUUGGCUCUCUCAGUGCGCGUAUCCCAGUGUUGCUCAGUGAACCGUGCGGUGGACACUGCCACUGUGUCUGUGUGUAACUCUGGUUGUAUUGAACUCUGCUCACUGCUGACCAGUGGAGAGUGAAGAGAGGAGGUGGGAGAGCGCCGGACACCCUGUCGGUGGGCUUGCCCAGCCCAGGCAGUUUUACUUGAUAGGUUCAGCAGCCAUGCUGGAAAACGCAGGUGGAGCAAGAGCGGAUGCUAAAGUGAAUAAUCAGUCAGAAACUACUAAAUGUGCAAUGGAGAGUGGUGACGGGAACACCGGUAUCCAAACCAAUGGGUUGGAUUUUCAGAGGCAGACGGUGCCCACCACAAGUGCAAUCACUAAUGCACAUGCACAAGCCCUCCUCCAACAGUCAAAGUCGGAAGACUCGGGUGCUCUUCUGACCUCCGUCCAGCAGAGCGUAUUGCCUCAAACCCAGCUAAUGUUGGCCGGGGGACAGAUUGCUGGAUUGAGCCCAAUGCAGCAGCAGCUGUUUCUCCAGCAGGCCCAAGUGCAGCUCCUGGCUGCUGCCGUGCAGCAUUCUGCCAACCAGCAGAACAGCACCACCGGGGACAACAUCUCAGCCUCUGCAGCCACACCAAUUACCCAGCUGCCCCUGUCACAGCCCAUCCAGAUUGCCCCUUCUUUACAACAGCAGAAUCUAAGUCUGCCCCAGUUUGUCCUGGUUCAGCCUGGCCACCCUAUCGCCACGUCACUGCAGCCUCAGUUCAUUAUCUCACAGGCUCCGCAGGCCCAGCAGGGCAUAUUGCAAGCCCAGAGUCUUCUAACUCAACUACCUCAAAGCCAACCUAACCUCCUGUCGACUCAACCAAGCAUCACCCUUGCAACUCAGCCUGCAACCCCAACCCGCACAACAGCAACCACACCUAUUCAGUCCCUGCCUCACAGUCAGACGCCACCCAAACGGUUGGAUACUCCCACUCUGGAGGAACCUAGUGACCUUGAGGAGCUGGAGCAGUUUGCCAAGACUUUUAAACAGAGACGUAUCAAACUGGGCUUUACGCAGGGGGAUGUUGGCCUGGCCAUGGGGAAGCUGUAUGGAAACGACUUUAGCCAAACUACUAUUUCUCGCUUUGAGGCCUUGAAUCUGAGCUUUAAAAACAUGUGCAAACUCAAGCCAUUGCUGGAGAAGUGGCUCAAUGAUGCAGUUUGUGCAGAGAACCUGACAUCUGACCAGUCCCUGUCGAGCCCCAGUGCCCUGGGUUCCCAGGGCAUGGGCAUAGAGGGAAUCAACCGCAGACGGAAGAAAAGAACCAGUAUCGAGACCAACAUUCGAGUGGCCUUAGAAAAGAGCUUUCUGGAGCAGAACCAAAAACCUACCUCUGAAGAGAUCACCAUGAUCGCUGACCAGCUCAACAUGGAGAAAGAGGUGAUUCGGGUCUGGUUCUGCAAUCGACGACAGAAAGAGAAGAGGAUUAAUCCUCCCAGUAGUGGCAACAGUGGAGGAGGCAACACCCCUAUCAAAUCUAUCUUCACCCCCAGCAGCCCUUUGGUGGCCAGCACAGCAAGCCUUGAUAGCAGCCCAACUAUUACCACACCCACCACUCUGACUGUAAACCCAGUGAUGCCUCUCACCAACACCAGCAUCCCCAGUUUGUCUUUCACAGGCACGACAGUUGGAGCCACAAACACUGCAUCUGUCAUCUCAACUGCGCCUGUGGUUACCACAGCAACAAGCUCUCUGUCUUUAAGCACGUCCCAGACGAGUAAUCAGUCCACGAGCACGGAGAGCAAAGCUGGCACGCAGGCGCCAACCAUUGUCACCCAGGCGCCUUCAUCCAUCGCUACCAGUUUAGGGACGGGUCAGGUGAUGGUGGCAGCUCCGGGGCUUUCGGCCGCGUUGCAGGGGGCCGCCUCGCUACCCAGCGCCAGUUUUGCAGCUAUGGCUGCUGCUGCAGGGCUCAACCCAGCACUGAUGGCAUCUUCGCAGUUUACUCAAGGGGGUGCCCUCCUCAGUCUGGCUCCUGGCGGCCUGGGCAGUGCACUGAGCCCUGCUCUCAUGAGCAACAGCACUCUGGCUACCAUUCAAGCACUGGCAUCGAGCGGCACAAUCCCCAUCACCUCUCUGGACGGCAGUAACCUGCUGUUCGCCAACACUUCUGCUGGUAACACCCCCAACCUGGUGACCACGCCGCUCUUCCUGAACCCCCAGAACCUGUCGCUGCUCACCAGCAACCCCGUCAGCCUGGUGUCGCCCGGCAUGGGAGGGCUUCAGGUCACUGCCGACGGUCAUCAUCAAGUCAGCACGGCUGCUGUGCCUGUGCAAGCCUCGACCAUUACCACUGCCCCCAAGGCUCAGUGAAGCCAGUCAGGCUGCAUCUCGAAUUAACGCCCAAUUAAUUACGUCAAGCACUACUCCUUUCACAACGUGUAGGACGAGGGUGGUACUCUGAUAUAGGCUCUGCACUUCACUAACCACCCCGCAUCCUCUCCAUUGUAUCUACCAUAAAUUAAUCCUUUUGCUGCCGCCAAAAAGAAAAGGACUUAACAUAAGGGUGGGUUUAACUGUUGGUUUCUUUUAUUAUUUUUUUUCUUUAUGAUUCUUGGAUGUUUUUUAAUUUUCCACACAAACAGUAACCAGAUGGACACUGUUGUCGGCCUGCCGCUUCUCCUGAACCUUGACAAGUGUCCAGGGAGAAAAUAUCGUCGGCGUCAUCGAGCUGUAUAUACAUAUACAUAUAUACAUAUAUAUAUAUAUCCUCCUCUUUGCAGGUCAGAAUUUUCUCUGAAAUUCUUCUAACCAAAAACAAACUUUCUCUUCUAACAUUCAAACUUAAUUGAUUUACUACUAAUUUCACAAUGUUCAUACGGUAAUCACUAAUGGGGGUUUGUGUGUCGCUCUUUUUAAUUAUCUCUCGUUUUUGUUUUUUGGGUUUUUUUUUUUGUUCGUUUGGUUUUUUGUUUCUUGACAGGCCUUGUUGUAAAUCAUAUCAAAUUAUAUUUUAGAGACUUUUUUUCCCUUUUUAUCUUUUACUGUCUAUAUUUUUCGACAUUUUCCGAUCUUUGUAAGUCUAAUGUUAAGUUAAGAUUUAACUAUCACUUUUUAAUCGUGGUUAUAAGGCUUUAAAAAUAAGUAAUAAGUGGCCGAUAUAAAGGUUAUCAUUGCUUUAAGGGUCGGAGGGACGCGGCGCGUCUCUCCGAGUCUCUCUUCUGGAAACACUGAGUUUUACAUGGGUGGUGGUGCAGUAGCCACCGAGCCUCUGUAAAACGACGGUCUCGGUGUGGAUUAUCGACACUGAUAGAAAAAUGACUGAAAACAUUACAUUGAGAGCUUUAAAGUGAGCUGCAGACCUGAGUCUGAUUAAGGGUGACUUGUUUUGGUUUGUGAUCCGUUGGAACACUGUACAUUAAGUUUUGGACGUGGACGUUUGCGUGUCGUCGACAGCUCAGGCAGACGCUGAGAGUUCAGCAGCCGCACGAUCUACGAGGCUCUGCAGUCUUUUUUUUGUGGAGGGAACUAAUCAUGUUCACCAAACCUGAACUGUGGUGUGGUGGCUUUGCCUAGAUGGGGAUAGUGUAUUUGGGGGGGGGGGGUGUUUGGUUUCUUUUUUCUUUUUUUUAUUAGAAGUACCGUCGUAUCUACUUGUGCACAGUAUCUGUACCAAAUAACUGGAUUGAUGAGCUGCAGUCUGCCUGUUUUGGGAGGAUUGAAAUUCUGUCUCUUUAUUUUGUUUGCAGUCGUUCGACUGGCUUACCUACUUUAAGAUAUACCAAAAAUAUUUGUUAAAAUAAUUGCUGUGUGUAGUCGGUGUAGCUUAGUCUAGUCAAUAUAUUUAUGAGUACAAAAAUCUCUUCAUAGUCAGAAUAUAGAAAUGCAAUAUUUUGAUGAUCAUUUUCCAAAGACUACAUUUUCUUUUUUCUUUUCUUUUGUUAUUUUGUUUGAUUUGACCAAGUGUCUCAUAUUUAAAUUUUUAAUUGGCAGCACAACUGACCAAAAAGAGAGGGAUUGGUGGGUUGGAGUAUGAGGAAGUAGUUUCUUUUUACUUCUAUUAUUAUCAUUUUACUUUUUAAAUUUAGUUUUUAUUAAAUCACCGUGGCCUCGGCCCAAUGCUUAAUCUGGUUUAAUGCGAGCCGUUUAGUGGCGCCUUUUCCUUUCUAAUCAGUUGUGGUAGCAGUUUUGGACUUUUCUGAAGCAUAAUGGAAAAGAUCUGAUUUUGGUUUUGUGCUAAUAUUCAGCCAUAAAACAACAGCUUGAACCAAAGUGGUUUUCCUCAGUAGUUGCUGUGCCUGUCUUGAGCACACAAGUUGCUUUUCACUCUCUUAAAUCUCCACAAUUUAUUUCUUUAUUUUUCUCCCUCCUCAGUCGAUACCUGAUUUUCGUGAUUUGGUGCUGCUGGAUAAGGAUCACAGAAACUUUAGCUUUAACAACUUGCUGCUGAGACUCCUGUCAGAGUUGAGCUGUCAAGACGCCUGCAUGCUUUCUAAUAGCUUUAAGACUACAUCCUGUGAGAAUCAGGGUAUUGUAGUUCGCACUAUCCCUGCUGGAGGGAUCACUUAUGUAAAUCCAUAAAUACUUCACCUCCUCUCAGCUCCGCCGUUCCAAACCAGCAUGCUAGGAAACGAUAUGCUGCACCCGAAAUCUGUCUGGGGACUAGUUUAAAAACUCCCCGAACUUAUCUUAGCCAACACAGCGGUGGGAUAAGUACCGUUCUGUGCUGCACGUUCAGCUAAACCCCACACAAAAGUAGCAUUGUUCUGCUUCAAAAUGACAAACACAGCAAUUAGUAACUCACUCAGACUGCAAGCAGUGAAAUUUGUCCCCGUUCCCCUCUCGUGUGCUUCUUUUCUGUUGAAUUAUUUUUGACUAAAUAUACCUCAGCAGCGCUUCAAACAUAGGUUCACCUUUUAGACAUUUCUCUGUAUACAGCAUUGUAGAAUGUAUAAUUACUGACUGGCUUGCCAUUCAGCGUUUAUACUGAUGAACCAUACAUAGGAACCAUUGCAAGGACAACCUACUACUGCUAUUUUCUAGUACUACUAUUUAUGGGGUAUUUCCAGGUUUAAAUAUUAUUUUGAGAUCCUUCUUGCCAAAGUAAAAGCCUUUCUCUUUGCAGCUUGGUGGGUGUGUUUUGUUUUUCUUUCUUUCCUUAACUUUGAGGCCACAAGAGCCCUGAAGAACUCAGUCGUGUUUCAGUGCUUGUUUGGAGUUUUGGAGGUUUGCAAGCAACAUGAACCAGUUGCCACUGGCACCAUAGGAUGUUACUGAAAUAUUUAUCUGAGGAAAGACUUAAGAAUUAGAGAAACGAUCUUUUCUUAAUUCUAUACAUAUAAAUAUAUAUAUAAACACUUGUAAGAUAUUCAUAUUUUAUAUUUGAACCAGUAUGUUACCAAGACUGAAUGUAGUGUUUAUCAUACUUCCCCCCCCCAGAAAAA